AUGACAGUCACAGUCAAGCCUCCCACCUCAGGGGAAAUCAAAGUCAAUGGCGAUUCCGAGAACGCGAGUCCGCCAUUCAAGUGCUUCGCCUUUCAGGAUCAUGCCGAGCAUGCCUGGUGGGACAAGACGGCGGCAAUACUGUCUAAAGUUCUCCAAUCUGCCCAGUACAGUGUUGAAAACCAGUAUCUUUAUAUGAUGCUGUACAGGACUGUUCUGAUUCCUCGCCUCGGGCCACACCCCCAUACUUGGGAUUCCUUCAUCACGUAUUCCGGAAUCCCAGUGGAAUUCAGCAUUAAUUUCCAGGAGAAUGGUCCUCCCACAGCUCGGAUCGGGUGGGAGCCUACUAGCCACAAGUCAGGUUCCUCGGCAGACCCAAUCAACCAGGCCACUAUCACCGAGGCAAUUGCCACCAUGUCCGAACUCAAUCUCAAGGGAUUCAACUCUCAGUACCUCAAUCAUAUGAUAGAAUCACUCACCGCUACUAGCGAAGAAUCCACCGAGGUUGGUCGUGAUCACUUAUAUCUCCUCAGGAUGAAGAAUCAAGUGUCCUUCGGGCUCGAUCUCAAGGACGGAGAGGUCUCUGUCAAAUGCUACUUGUAUCCAGCCCUGAAGUCGUACCUGACGGGCAAGUCGUUCAGAGCCUUGGUGAAUCACGCGGUGGACUCCAUCGGUGGGGUCUGCUAUCCCGCCUUGGAUACAGUCCACGAAUAUCUAGAGAGUGCAGGAUUGUACAACCAGUAUUCUUUUAUUGGAAUUGAUUGCACUGCUGUUUCCAAAUCUCGCCUUAAAGUGUACAAUACAAUCCAGGACGUGACAUGGUCUAAGCUGCAAGACAUAUGGACUCUGGGUGGUCGCUUCAAGUCCCAUGCCACUAUACAGCGCGGGCUUCAGUUCGCCCAAAAGUUCUGGCAGCUGGUUACUUUGGAUCAGGAGAAAAUGGACGUAGGCAUCUGGAGUUACGAACUCGCGACUGGAUCCAGCAGUUUCCUUAACCCGAAGUACUAUUUCAUUCUUCAUGGUCUCAACGACAUUCAAAAUGCCCAGGCUAUUGUAAAGUUUUACGAAUAUGUCGGAUGGCAUGACUUGGCUGCAACAUUCAUCGACUCGGUCAAAGGAUACUUGUUCGUUUGCCCUCCUGAUUGCUCCUGGGUGUCGAUCCAUGCUAACUACUUCAUAACGUGA